AUAAAAAUAUAUGGGGUAAGAGAGAGUGCAAGUCAGACAACAUUAAACAGCUGAUCGCAAUUUAAAACAACAACAAACAAAUAGCAAAACAACAAUAACACAUGCAAAGCAAAGCAGAGAAAAUUCGACAAAUUUCCUCAUUUCCACAAAAUUAAAAAAUAAAAACAAAAGCAAAACUCACCAACAGCGGCAACGGCUGUUCAAAAUCAGUUUAUUUUCAGACAACGAGGCGAGCGCUAGUGGCUAACGAGCAACCGUGAAUAGAAAAAUGACACGGCGGCGCGUUGAAUAUUAGAUCGGCAUAUAUAUAAAUAUAGUACAUAUUUUUUUAACAAAUAUAAGCAAUUUUCAUAAAUUAAUUUCAUAAAGUUUCACCGUUGCCUCUAAGAUAUGCAACAGCAUGUAACGGUAUUCUAAAGCUGCGUAUGUGGUUUUUUUUGAAUUUUUAAAAGUGGGAAAUCCAUGCAGUCAAUUGUAUGUAUAUAUGUACGUGUGUGCAUAUUCCAAAAUUUUUCGGUGUCAAAAUGGUCGAGUUAUAAUUAUAGAAUUUGGCAUUCGGAGCGGUGGUGCUGAAAAACGAUGGAUUUUGAAGAAGCAUUGUGAAUUUUCGUGUGAAACUACAAGCAAAAGAGAAUAUGAAUAAGGAUGUCGAAAUUUUAUGGGUGCAAUUAAAAAUAGAUGCAAAUGAAGUGUGUGAGAAAAGUAUAGACUUUUUUAAAUGCAAAUAUAUAUGAAAAAUGAAAAUAAAAGAGUGAAAUAGCAUAAUAAACCAAAAAAAAGUGAAUAAAAAAUUUUUUAAACUACAAAAGAAAAACCGAACUUUUUAAGCAAACACUAAAAAUUAACUAAAAAGUAUAUUGAGUUACAUUCAAGGAUAACAAAAUAAAAAAACAAACAUAUUUGCCCUAAACCUUCAAAUCAGGCGCUUCACCAACACACAACGAUGGAGCAAUCAGAAGGCGUUACGGUGCGACGCCGACACCGAAAGCUAACGCGACCGCAACGUGAGAAAACACCCGAUCCAACAGCAAAAGGCCGACGUCGCUAUUCAGAAGACGAAAGCAGUGCAGUGGAUGGGAACACAGCUUCCGAAGACGCUGCCGGCGUGCAAAGCGUACGCAUGCAAAUUCGGCCACCCGGCGCCAUAUCGGCACACGAGAGUAAAAUAUUGCGACGACGCGAUAAGACAUUCGCCAACUCGGCCGCACGCAGCCACUCACAGCCACGUGAAGCCGAACGACUCACCAGUCCCGAAGCGGACGUGCUCAUGCGUAGUGCGAAACAACGUAGUCUCUCCUCGCCGCGGCACAAGGACGAGUCCAGCGGAGGUGAGCACAACGGCAGGCAAGCGCACGCGACUGUCGAUGAGAACAUUAGCCGUUUGGAGCAGAAUUUGCGUCGCUUUGAGGAGGAACGUAAACGCUUCGAGUCGGACAAACGUCAAUUUGAGCGCGAGAAACGUGAAAAUCGUUUGCGCUAUAAACAGCUGCACGACAGCGAUGAGCGCAAGCGUCUUUUGCAGAAUUAUCGUAAACUAAGUGAUCGCAUACAAUUGCCAGCAGACGCUGAGGAACGACGCCGCAUGGUGCACAGUUUGCGUCUGCAACGUAAUGAAGCGCCAACACUGCAGCCACGUCAACGUCACAGCGGUUACGAAGAGUCCUCCACACAAUUCUCCUCAUCCGAGGUAGACGAUGUGGAGGAAUCCAGAGCACAUAGAUUGGAAAAGCAUACGCAUCCUGUGCGCCGACAAGUGUCAACCAUUACGGGCGCAGUAAAUUAUAUAGCCGACGUGCGUGGUCCACCACCACAGCCGCCAGAACGCCGCAGUGUUAGUCGCAAUCACUCACUCUCACCUAUGCGACCACAAAGGCGUUCGAAGACACCGGAACAGCGCGCGGAAAUAAUGCGACGGUUAGCCGAAAAUGAGGGCAAUAACAGUAAGUCAAAUAGUAUAACACCAGAGCCGCAGAGUCCAGCCACACCCACGGAGCAUAAGAUGCCCGAAUAUCCAAAGUCACAAAUACCAGCCGAAAUGGGUGAAGUGCGUCGACGUUACAGCACGCCACGCAAAGAUUCGCUUACCGAAAUUGCCAAGCGUAGGAAGCAAAGCUUAGAAAAAGCACAGCUAGAGGCUGCAAUGCUGGCUGCGGUCAAAGAAGCAGAGGCCGCUAGGUUAGAGGAGGAAGCACGUAAGGCUGCAGCUGCUGUGCCGCUAAUGGUAACUAUUCUCCGUAAAAUAUUCGCAUUAUUCACUAGUAAACGUGCAGACAAACCAGAGUCCAUAACAAAAACUGAAGUUCAUUACGCAUCCGAAGAGUUGCUUUUGCCACAGGAUUUAAUUGCCGAAGAUCUACCUAAAAAUUUGUUAUCGAAAGAACUGAUGCGGCAUCUCUACUUGGACGUGCGUCAGCAAUGGCGACGCAUGAAAGCCGAUUUUCCAAAAGAGUUAAACACUAUUCGGUUGUUGCGUAAUAAAUGUGUCGCAGAGAUGAUUCUGCUUAUUUUGCUUUGUGGUUUCGGUGGUCUGAUGUUCCGUUACACCGAGGGUAGCUCAGAGAAUAUCUAUAAAUGCGAAGUGCGUAAGGUGAAACGUGACUUUAUCGAUAAUUUGUGGACAGUUAGUCACAAUAUGAGGGAAGACGAUUGGAAAUCGCUAGCACGUCAGAAGCUACGGAAAUUCGAAGAUGAACUUAAUUCACUCGCUGAGUUGGGUAUACGUCGUUACCCGGGUCAGAAAUCGUGGAACUUUGUAAAUUGUAUAUUAUUCUGUUGGACCGUUAUAACAAGCAUAGGUUAUGGUCACAUUGCACCCGUAACAACUCUGGGCCGUACUUUGGCCAUCGUCUAUGCCAUCAUUGGUAUACCACUGUUCUUACUCAUUCUUGCAGAUUAUGGUAAACUCUUUACGCGUGCGCUGAAAUUCCUUUGGGUCUAUGUACGACGCUUGUACUAUACCGGAACUUGUCGCAAUAUACGAAAACAUCAGUCGGUACGUGAUGCCAUGAAAUUGGCACGACGCUCGAGUAUGUUCUUCGGACGUGAAAUGGAUAUUGAGUCGCGCACAACCGGACCCGAAACACCAUCGUCACCAUUCGAUGAGACCUUCGAAAUAGAUGAUGAAUUUAAUUUACCCAUUUCAGUGGCGUCAUUCUUGCUGAUCAGCUAUAUAUUGAUUGGUGCGCUAUUCUACUCCAUGUGGGAGAAUUGGAGUUACUUUGAGGCAUUCUAUUUUGUCUUCAUCUCAAUGUCCACCAUUGGUUUCGGUGAUAUGGUGCCGAAACAUCCGAUAUUCAUGAUGUGUAGCAUACUAUAUUUGGUCUUCGGUUUGGCGCUCACAUCUAUGUUCAUCAAUGUGGUGCAGAUUAAAUUAAGUGAUACCUUUAAGCAAGCCUCAAUUAAGCUUAGCACUACGAUCGGCAUAGAUUUGCCGCCGGAUGAGAAUGCUGAAGGUGCGGCUGAAAACGCAGAAGCAAGCCCAAAUGCGGCGUUGGAUACGAAAAUGUCACCAACGAGUACGACGCCGGCGAAUGAGAUUGAUCUGAAAGUGCCGCCGCUAGCGCCACCACGUCCGAACAGCAACAAUGUGCGUGAGGGCGAAAGUCCGCCACCGCUGCCGAGUCGCAAGCCAGAAGUCGAGUCGAGUGAAGUUAAGAAAAAGGGUUGGCGAUUUUGGUAGACAAAAUGCACUUGCGUAGUAUGACGAAAGCAAGCUUCAAUGGCUUUUAGCGCGGUUUUUUGUUUGAAACUAUUAUUAUUUGUGGCGCAUUGAAAGCUUAAAGUUUCAACGAAAGCGUUUAAAUAUACGUGUACUUCGCCACAACUGCAACUAACUGUGUCUUUUACGAAUCUCUAUCAAAGCUUAGAAAAGGCUUGAGAGCUUUAAGUUUGACUGCACUUAUGAUACACUCGUAAUUAUUAAGACCUCUAAACUCUUCCAUCCGCACAUAUCACCGACGAAUGCUCAUAUAUGACAAAAAAUAUUUGCCCUAGUUUUAAGUUCAGUUGGUGAAAAAA